AUAAAGUUAUUAAAAUGUCCAAAUAUUCAGCGUGAUAUAGUCGUAGGUAGACAAAUAGGUAAAAUUUAAAAAUUGGACAUAAACCUGAAUAUUCUUUGCGAUUGGAUUACGUAACCAGUAAACAAAAAAGUAACUUCAAAUCAUUUUAAGGAUGUAUGGUGGACGUUUUCCUGAAAUAGGGAGAAGGGAUGCACGCUGGGGGCGUUCGUAUAAUGAUUACGCAUCAAAUUACAUGGCCUCAAAUCGUUAUACAAAUAACAACUCUACAUAUGGAAGGGGAAAUGGCACAAUUAAAGUAUCAGGCAUUGACAUGUUCAUCAAGUAUAAUACACAGGCACACCACACUAAUGAGUUUGACAUCACCAAUGCACACGUUUAUGGAGCCAGGGACGAAGUGCUUGUUGUGAGACGAGGUCAACAGUUCUUCAUGAGAAUCAGGUUCAACAGGCCGUAUGAUGCCACAAGAGAUGACAUACGUUUAGUUUACCAAUUUGGGAAAACUCCCAGUUCGUCAAAAGAACGCUAUGUAGAACUCUUUCUGUCAGCACGUUCAAAGCCUAGUUUGAAUGAUUGGAAAGUUUCCAUUCACUCACAAGAUGGCGAUUCAGUGACGCUCGCGGUAGUGGCACCGCCGACAUGUGCUGUCGGUAAAUGGUCUCUACGAGUAGAUGUGGUGAAAUCAGUGUUGAACAACAAACCGACGGUGUUGAGUUUCGAAUAUAGGAAUCCUGUAUACAUUCUUUUCAAUCCUUGGUGUAAAGACGAUCAGGUGUAUAUGAAAGAAGAAGAUUUACUUGGAGAGUACAUACUUAACGAAACAGGAAAACUAUAUAGCGGAAGUAAAGAAAAGAUUACCCAUUUUCCAUGGAAUUUUGGACAGUUUUCAGGUCAUGUUCUGGAAUGUGUUAUGUAUUUGCUUGACGAGAGGUCCGGACUUCCCGAUCACUUACGCGGAGAUCCAGUUCAAGUUUCUCGCAGGAUAUCAAGUUUGGUUAACAGUAGUGACAACAGUGGUGUUCUUAUUGGAAACUGGAGCGGUAACUAUGGAGAUGGUACUUCUCCACUUAGCUGGACCGGAAGUGUUGAUAUCUUAGAAGAAUACUACAGUACCAAAAGGCCGGUGAAGUAUGGACAAUGUUGGGUUUUCUCUGGAGUCGCUACAACAGUUUGUAGAGCUCUUGGAAUACCAGCAAGAAGUGUUACCAAUUUUUCAUCUGCGCAUGAUACUGACGGUAGUAUGACUAUAGACAAAUAUUUCAACACUGAUUUGAAAGAAAUUGAAGACCUAAAUCACGAUUCAGUUUGGAAUUUCCAUGUCUGGAAUGACGUAUGGAUGGCACGCCCAGAUCUGCCGCGUGGAUAUGGCGGAUGGCAAGCUAUAGAUGCGACUCCACAGGAGACAAGUGGAGGGAUUUACUGCAUGGGACCGAUGUCUUUGACUGCAAUCAAAUAUGGACAUGUAAACCUUCAAUAUGACGGACCUUUUGCAUUUGCUGAGGUCAACGGUGACAAAAUUAUGUGGAUGAGAUACGCACCAGGCAAAAUGCGAGUUAUGAAAAUUGAUAAAAGCAUAAUAGGUAAGUUCAUCAGCACAAAGAAACCAUUGGCACAUAGCACAAUAAACAACUGGAUGGCUGGUUCAGAUGUCGAUAGAGAGGAUAUCACUGACCAAUACAAAUUCAAAGAAGGUACAAAGGCAGAACGCACAGCAGUUCAAAAGGCCAGUCACCAGUCGUCCAUUGACAACGUGUAUGAAACUAGCAAGAAGGAUGUAGAUUUUGAGCUGAGUGUUGACAAAAACACAUUUAUUGGCGAACCAUUAAAGAUAGUGUUGAGAGUGAAAAAUAGAAGUAAAACGACACGAACUAUUUCUGGGCAUCUCAGGGUAACAACAAUGUUAUACACAGGUGCCACACAUAAAUCAAUUGUAAAUGGAAAUAUUCAGAAGAUUGUACUUACAGGAAGUGAAGAUGUGUCAUUCGGUCUGGAGGUUCCAGCGGCAGAGUAUUUAGAUAAACUGACGGACCACUGCUUUUUCAGUUUAACAUUUUCAUGUAUGGUCGAGGAAACAAACCAAACAACUGCCGAUACUGUGGAAGGCAGGCUUCGAAAACCUCAUCUAAGAAUAGAGACACCAGAUGUCGGCUAUGUCGGGCAGAUAUUCAGGGUACAGGCGUCCUUUAAGAACACACUACCUGUGAAAUUAACAAACUGUCAGCUACGCGUGGAAGGACCAGGAAAACAACGACCUGUCACCUACAAUGUGCAAGGUAUUUAUACGGGACAAACGUUUGCGAUUGAUAUGACUCCAGUAAAGCCUGGAGAGAAGGAGAUAAUUAUCAACUUCAAUUGUGACCAACUCUACGCCGUCAACGCAUCACACCCAAUAUACAUAAAAAAAUAAGAGGGUAGAUGCUAAGACCUACCUAAAACAUUAUCAGCCUGUUGACAAACUCCGCAAAAAUAUCCUACACACUUGUGUUUUACUACUCGCAAUUCAAAUUAUUUGCGACACCUCAAUACACUAGAUGAAAGUGUAAUUCAAGAACAACCGUACACAGAAAAUAAAGUUAAAUGCAUUAAUACACAGUGCAAUCAAACACAAAGGUAAACGUUCUGUAUUGAAAUAAGUACAAAUCUCUUGUACAAUCAAAAUUCAUGUGCACAAGAAACGAAAAUCCACGGACUGUCGUGCGGAGACGGAAUAUGUGUAUGAGUGUGACUUUCAGCAAAAUUGUCAGUAUAACGUUUGAAAGAACAUUCUUUAGAAGUAGAGUGCAAAGGCAGGCAUGUUUAUUGAUAUAUUUUCUUGCUUUAUAAUAUGACGUGGAAACAUCAAUUUUUGAAGUUUCAGAUUUGGGUAAUUAUGUAACAUAUGUUGAAGGUAUUUUUGUCAAUAGGUUUCAAUGCCAAUGUAAACUUCAGGACAGGAAAACACACUUUUUAAUCUUUUGGUCAGAGAUGUCUCUGUCUUUAAACGCCGAUUAAUUAACCGUUAUCAUGCAGGACACGAUUGAUUCUGUCUUUGCGACAGUGCAGUCUGAUUAUUUCUACACUGUUCGCCAUUCAUUAUCUUCUUGGUAAGCACCCUUUUAACAGUUAAUGGUACUGUCCAAAUUGAGAGAUGGACAAGUUCAUUAUAGAAAUUUAGCAGGGUAAUGGUUAAAGAUAUUCGUCUGAAUGGAUUGAUACCUGUUUCCUUUAUAUUAUAUAGGAGAUCGUUUCAUCUAAUCCUUAAAUUUAUUUAAUUCUGUGAAUAGUUAUUUAGCGAAAAAAUAUGUGCAAGUGUGAAGCACGUUUUGCCAAGUUUGAUUUAAAAAGAAAACUUGACAAUCUAAUUGACUGAGCUUGUGUAGCGAAAGUAGGAAAAGAAUGUACUAUGUCGCAAAUGGUAGAAGGUCAUUAUGUUUGCAAAAUCGUGGGAAGAAUGAAACAGGAAAACUAAAAUAAAUGUAAAAAGAAGUGGAUGGGUCAUAUGCCUAUUCUCUUUAUAUGGUAUGCGCGUUAGGGAUGAUCCUAACAUAAGGUUUCCGGUAUGCUAAACAGUCCUGUGGGCAAACAGCAUUCAAAUGGACUCAUAACUAUCCCUAGUGGUAGUGCGUUUAGUUUAAAAUUAUUUAGAAAUGACACACCUGUGCUAGGUAAGCAUCAUAUUAAGACCGAAAAGAGGCUUGUGUCCAGUUACUGGAAGUAAAGGUACAGGGUCUGUAGGUAAUUUUCUUUAAUCAUUUAAUAUGCAGAAUGGUGCAUAUAGUUUCCUGUCAGACUUCAGCCCGUGUCACAUAUACAUUUUGAUCGUUAAGCUUUGAAUUUUAAAGAUUUUAAAGGCAAGGAUUUGAAGAUGAAACUCUUAAUACUUGGACAUUGUGUUCAAUAUCUCAAAAUAUAUACAGUAUUAUAAAUUGUAAUAAAAGAAACAUAUUGAAAUAAAAUUUGAUUAUACACUUUAAUUUGAGCACUUGCAGUCAAAGACUAAAUUUGCACGUAGGUAAAACAGUAUGUGCUUAAUAAGUAUCAACACAUUGGAACAUGGUGGGGAUGAUGCUUUGUGCACAUUUAGCCGGUUCAAGCAUGCCAAUUGUGGUUUUGCCACUGAUCGUUUCAAGACGGUGCCUUGCUGUGUUCCUUGAUAUGAUUUUUGUCAUUUGUCUAUUUGUUUUUUGGAGAAGUCACUUCUUCCUCAACUAAAAUUUAGGAGAAAUCGAGCUACCUACCUAUCAUGCAGGAACGAGCAAGUCAUAAACAGGAACUAAAUACUUUUAUUUUACAUAAUUUCCGGUUUUUAUUUAGGUCAAUGAGACUAAACAGAAGUUUAAAGUAAAUAACAUAUUCAUUCAUUUUCAUUGAAAAUGCCAGUGAACAUAUUUCUUAAUUUUGUAAAUCCUGAGUGUAAAUUUCAAUUCAAAGGAAAAUUUUCAAUUUUACCAAUGAGAAUAAGCGUUGUAAUUAUCAAAAAAUAACCUACACAAAUUUUAUAAAUUUUAUAUUAUUCGAAACUCGGUUAAAGAGAAAAUAAAAGUACGCCCAGUGCUAAUUGCACUGAAUAUUUAAUCACGAAAACCCAUGAAAAAUAAUUCACUAAUGUGUAUUUGUAAUGGCCCUGAAUUAAACUUACGUCAAAAGUAGUUACGUGGUAAAGCUAGAGUCGGACAGGUUUAUCCUGGUAUAUUGGUGUUGAUCGAUGUAUCUGUUAAACAUACACAUGAAUUUCACUUUUUUUUAUUAAACAAAAGUGUCAGUAAUUGCGUAACUUGUCCAGGUAAUGUGUAAAUGUUCUUUAGUGGUGUCAAAAGUACGAGUAAAACUUGACUGUGUGGUUUUAGUACUAUACUCGGGGCAAGUUACGUUUUUAACGGUCAAAAGAGUGUAUUUUAAAAUGUAUUUAAAGUUAAGGUAUUGGACCCGUAAUAGAGUACCUCCUGUUUGAAGAGUAUUCAAUUCCUACCAUAAACCUACUUUGACUGCAAUUUUCAGGGUGGGGGGGUGGGGGGGGGGCGUAGGUUCAAGCCCCACUGGGACCAAAUUUUGUUCCAUAUUUUCCUUUUUCCUAGUAAGUUUUUAUUCCUGUCAAGACUUAUUAUGGAUGUAUUGUACAAAAGUGGAAACUGUUCAUUUUUAUAACCGAUUUCUUGCUGUUCAAAGAGAAUUUACCUCUGAAUCAGGAGGGGUAGAGUAAGACAUCUUUAAAAAUACUGAGUCACAUGCGGUUAAAGUGCUCUAUUUUGCCUUCAUUCUUUAGAUUACAUAUUAUGGAAGAAAUGCAGGCAGGUUUUACUUCUGCCCCAAGGUUAUUUUUGAAUGAAGUGAGUAAAAUUCAAAACAGUUUACGGUUUUAUUUCGUGUUUUAUAAUUGUUUAAAAAUAGUUUGAUGUUUCUUUUAUCAAAAUUAAUACUGUAAUGAAUGCUCUGCGAACGUUUUAGAUAGUGGCCAUCACAUUGAAAUUUGUCUCUAUUUGAGCUUGAGGAAAUUCCAAAUUACCAAAAAAAAAAAACGGCAUGGUAAAAGUUGUUUAAAAUUUGCAACACAGUGCAAAACAUGUUCAACUUUAAGAAUAUACCAAGCAAAUGUCAUUUUUUAAACAUUUCUAUUAGGGGUCGAAUACCUUAAAGGACAUAUGAAAUAGAUUGGUGGUCACUCAUUUCAUUUCUAUAGUAUUCGUGUCACAAACUUCCAGAAGGCUAGUUCUGAUAAUAUUGCCACCAUUGGUCAAUUUCAUUUACGCUAUAUCUCGUCGUGUAUUGUUGCUAAGAAAAAACACAGGGGCAAUAUAAUGUGUGAUUGACAAAGGCCUCAACUUACUGUUAACCGGGUUAGAAUCACAAAUUUGUAUAAUCUCAGGUAAAAUACCAGCCUUUCCGGGAAGGAGAAGUACUCUCAUGAUCGUGUUAUUUGUAAUCCCAUUCAAAUGUUUUUUUUUAUAUCUAUAUCUGUAUGCAUUUAUUUAAUUCUUGUAUUAUGUCGAAUAAAAAGUGAAAUUAUGUUAUAUGUUAAAUUUAGCGAUCGUUGAAUAUUUUACAUUUGUGCAACUUAUAUAACACUCGAUUUAUGUAACGUAAUAUUUGUUAUGAAACAAUAUAACUCUUCUGUAUAUCAGUCAUAAUCUAUUUAAAGGGUUGUUCAGUUCUGUUUAUGUUUAAUAUUUCAUUGAUAAUAUAUAAAAAUAAAAAUCUGAAUAAACUGUUUUUGUUGUGCAAUAACUUUUUAAG